GACUGACUUCUGCGUGCACAAAGACCAGCCCUGUGACACAGUGGGUAUUGCCUAUCUGGGAGGGGCGUGCAGCUCCAAGAGGAAGUGUGUUCUGGCCGAGGACAACGGACUCAACCUGGCCUUCACCAUAGCCCACGAGCUGGGACACAACAUGGGGAUGAGCCACGAUGACGACCAUGCUACCUGUACAGGCCACUCCCACAUCAUGUCUGGCGAAUGGGUGAAGGGCCGUAACCCCAGCGACCUGUCAUGGUCCCCCUGCAGCCGUGACGACCUGGAGAAGUUCCUCAGGUCCAAAGCCAGCAGCUGUCUGCUCCACACAGACCCCAGAAGCCGCUACAAGGUCCGCCUGCCACCCAAGCUGCCAGGCAUGCACUACAGUGCAGACGAACAGUGUCAGAUCCUCUUUGGAACCAACGCCACCUUCUGCAAUGACAUGGAGGUACACACACAUCACCUGAUGUGCGCGGGCCUGUGGUGUUUGGUGGAAGGAGACAAGUCCUGUAAGACCAAGCUGGACCCUCCUCUGGACGGCACAGAGUGUGGAGCUGACAAGUGGUGCCGGGCAGGGGAGUGUGUAAGUAAAAGCCCUAUCCCACAGCAUGUGGAUGGGGACUGGAGCAUCUGGAGUCAGUGGAGCCAGUGCAGUAGAACCUGUGGCACCGGAGCCCAGUUCAGACAGAGGAAAUGUGACAACCCGCCGCCAGGUCCUGGUGGUAGUAACUGUCAGAAGGCCAGUGUGGAACAUAAAGUGUGUGAAGGUCCUCCCUGCCCUAAAGGAACACCCAGCUUCAGAGAGCUGCAGUGUCUCUCCCAUGACCGCCAGGCCGGAAAGAAGAAGAACAGCAUAUGGACCGCAGUCAAUAACGAUGAGAAGCCAUGUGCCCUGUUCUGUUCCCCUGUGGGGAGAGAUGCCCCCAUCCUGGUGGCAGAGAGAGUGAUGGAUGGAACACCAUGUGGACCCUACGAGUCAGACCUGUGUGUCAAUGGCAGGUGUCAGAACAUCGGCUGCGAUGGCAUCAUCGGCUCGUCAGCCAAGGAGGACCGCUGUGGGGUGUGUAGCGGAGACGGACACUCCUGUAAGAUAGUCAAGGGAGACUUCAACCACACCAAGGGCAGGGUCUCCUCUAGCCACUGUAAGAGGGUUUCUACCUGUGUGAUGGCUAAACCAAGGGCUGUCCCCAAGUGUUUAUCAUGUUACAUCGAGGCUGCUGUCAUCCCCGUUGGUGCUAGGAGAAUCAAAGUUGUGGAGGACAAGCCCUCACACAGCUUUCUGGGUAACACACACACACACACACACACACACACACACACACACACACAACAAGACAAGUUAUAAAUAGAUCUCUAAGGUAUAUAAUGACUAACAUGACAAGAGGAUCUGAUGAUGCAAGAUGUGUUGAAUUGCAGGAAAUAAGCUUUAAACCUGCUAAAUUCUCUCUCCGCCAACAAGACGGUUGUGCAACGUUUGUUUAAUUUCGGUGCU